UCUUUUGAGACACGAUACGGGAUAACCAACCGUCCGAUUAUUGGUUAUCUUGCUGCGUCCACUAUUUGUUUAGCCCUUCUAUGCCUCCAGUAGUACAGACAUUCCGAAUUAAUUUGCUGUUGAUGGAAAGCAUAGCAAGACAUAAAGAGACAAAAUCGGAAACUGGAGUUCUGCUCUAGUUCAUCCCCUCCAGCGCAAUAGGCUAGUCGAUCUCAAACACGCGCAGGUCGGAACUUGAGGUCUCCCUCUCUCCACCCCUUCACACACAAAACACGCAAGCAAGCAGCAUUUCCUAUCUCCCUUGGCUUAUCUGUCGUCCUCUCGCUCACGGUCUGUACUGCUUUGCUAUCCCAGUCACGUAGAGCUCCAGUAGAAGAACCACCGAGCUCCGAUCGACUUCUGCUCCCCGAAAUAACCUCAAGUCCAGCCCUGGAUUCAAUACUUGUCAUCAAUGGACAGAGCUUUCUUCCAAACCAGGCGAGGUACAGACACCGCGUAAACAGUCCAUACCCUCUGUUGAGAGCCCCUCCUGGAGGUUGGAGGGGGAUGGAGCGCGGCGGUUCUGACAGCCCCUGUCUACGGGACAGCCCGGAGCAGAGAGGGGAGAGCCCGGAUCACUGCGGACCCCCGCCUGGCAAGAUGAGCCGCCUGGAGGUCAACGGGAGCCCCACAGCGCCACGCACACGCCUUAACGGUACCCCGUUACGGCCCCUCGGAGGUCUGAUGAUCCCUGUGUACUGUGUGGUGGAGCAGCCAGAUGGGGGUGUGUCUGGGGGUGGGAUCACCGAUGGGGAGGGUCGUAGUGACAGGCACGCUGAGUUUGUAUUGGUUCGUAAGGACAUCCUCUUCACCCAGCUGGUGGAGACUGCACUAGUGGCCCUGGGCUACUCACACAACUCUGCUGUGCAGGCCAGAGGCAUCAUCAAAGUGGGCCGCUGGAACCCCAUGCCCAUCCACUACCUGACUGACGCACCAGACGCCACCGUGGCCGACAUGCUGCUGGACGUCUACCACAUGGUCACCCUACGCAUCCUACUGCAGAGCUUUGCCAGGCUGGAGGAUCUGCCGUCAGAACAGUGGAACCACGCCACGGUGAGGAACGUCCUUAAGGAGCUGCUCAAGGAGACCAACCAGAGUUCCCUGGCGAAGGAGUGCCCUCUUUCUCAGAGUAUGAUAUCUGCAAUGGUCAACAGCUCCUACUACGCCAAUGUGUCCAUCUCCAAGUGCCAAGAGUUUGGCCGCUGGUACAAGAAGUAUAAAAGGAUCAAAGGAGAAUACCUGGAGAAGAUGUGGUCAGGACGGGAUAAAGCUGAUAUUAAAGUGGAGAGAGACAGCACAUUUGACGUGUGUGUCCUGGGACAGCGUCCCCCUUCUCACCUGACCCCACCCACCCAGCAUGGAGGCUUACCCCUGAAAGGUGGACCAGGGGACCCCCAAACUCCUGCCCAGCAACAGGCUCUGCCCCGUCCAUCCCAGCAGCACUCUCCCUCGCCUCACAGCCAGCAGCGCCACCACAGCCCCCCGUCGCAACGUGACCAGGCACCCCACACCGGCCCUCCCACCUCUCUUCAGCCCCUGCUGGGCCCGGGCGGCCUCCUCUCCCCCCAGCUCAGUCCCCAGCAGGUCAGGCAACAGUUGGCCAUGGCCCAUCUCAUCAACCAGCAGCUCGUCGUCAGCCGCCUGUUGGCCCACCAGCACGGUCCGCAGGCCCUCAGCCAGCAGCAGCACCAGCAGUUCCUCAACCACCCGCCCAUCCCACGCUCCUGCAAGGCCCCAGGGAGCCUCUCCGACCCCGGGAAUCCGUCGGCGGUGGAGGUCAGUCCGGACAUCUACCAUCAGGUCAGGGAGGAGCUGAAAAGGGCCAGCGUGUCUCAGGCCGUGUUUGCCCGGGUGGCAUUCAAUCGUACGCAGGGGCUACUGUCUGAAAUACUCCGUAAAGAGGAAGACCCUCGCCAGGCCUCCCAGUCUCUCCUGGUCAACCUCAAAGCCAUGCAGAACUUCCUGAACCUCCACGAGAGCGAGCGAGACCGCAUUUACCAGGAGGAGCGUGAACGCAGCAUGAACCCCAACCUCAACCUAGGCAACCUGACCCCAACCAAUCAGAACCACAGCUCCUCAGGCCAGCGAGUCACACAGCCCAAGCCCCCAGUGACCCUGAUCAGUGCCGAGCUGCCCCUGAAACUGGAAUCUCUGGUGAACAUCACCUCAGGGAUCUAUGAUGAGAUCCAGCAGGAGAUGAGGAGAGCCAAGGUUUCCCAGGCCCUAUUCGCCAAGGUGGCGGCUAACAAGAGCCAGGGAUGGCUAUGUGAGCUGCUGCGCUGGAAAGAGAAUCCCAGCCCGGAGAACCGGACCCUGUGGGAGAACCUGUGCACCAUUAGACGGUUCCUGUCCUUGUCCCAAGCUGAGAGGGAUAUGGUGUAUGAGGAGGAGUCCAGACACCACCACACAGAGAGGCUGCACACUGUUCUCCACAUGCCUGCAGAACCACAGCCACUCCACCGGCAGCCCUUACAGCCUCGGAAGGAGCCGCCUCCGUCUCCGAUGCAGGAACCCCCACCCACCUCCAUGACCGGGCCCAGGGGCCAGGACCCGGAUGGCACUCAGGGCAGGGACGACGGAAGCGUGAGUGGCGGCUCCAGUGGCGGCUCCAAAAAACAGAGGUCCCGCACUCGGAUCUCUUUGGAGGCACUGGGCAUCCUGCAGAGCUUCAUCGGCGACGUAGGCCUCUACCCGGACCAGGAGGCCAUUCACACCCUGUCGGCCCAGCUGGACCUGCCCAAGCACACCCUGGUAAAGUUCUUCCAGAACCAGCGCUACCACGUCAAGCACCAUAACAGCACCUCCCAGACGAGCGACGCGGGCGAGGGUGAGGCGGGGGAGGACAGGGACGGCGAGGGCGGGGACGGGGCCGAGUACCGCGGCGAGGAGCCGCUGUCUGGGUCCGAGAGCUCUGAGAUGGCAGAGUCCAGCGAGGACGGACGGGCCACUUCCGAGGAGGUGUACCAAACAGACAGAGAAAGAGGACAAAGAGGAGAAGGAGGGGGACUGGAGGAGGAGGAGGACCCGCACAAUGGAAAAACCUCUGCCCCCCAGCCUGCCUCCCUACCCACGUAUACGUCCCCAAAGAGUCCCCAUGUCUCUAGAGAGCACCAGAGAUAACUACUUUGGACCCCUAGAGGAGGGAGAGACAAACUACUCCAGGACACAGGGUGGAAGGAUGAAUGGACAGACUGAACGGGGGAGAAAGGAUGGAGGGACUCAGACAGAACAAGCAGAAUCAUGAGUCUUGUACUGAAGACUGUGAGGACGGCUCAUGCAGGCUGCACUGCAGAGCUUUGGGUGGAGCAGCAGAUCCCAACCGCACAACAGUGGUUGGGGUUAAGGUCAGAAACAUAGAGAUAGAUAGAGGACACUUCCCUGUCUGUUUCCCGUUAUGGAUUCUGUAAACGCACAGGAAGCACCAAGGGCUUCCGCUGUUUUAAUUCAGUCUAUUGGGGGGGACUUAAUUGGCUGAUCACUUCUAAUGACCCAGUUUGAUAUGAUGACAACUAGGUCACCAGGAGGGAUCAGCCCAAACAGUUGAAAGUCCCCCCUAGUUGACUAGAUUGAAACCAUGUUUUUUCUGAGAAAUACCCUCUAUCCAUCUCUACUGUGACAGGUAGGGAUACUGAAAAGACAACAGAGUACCUCAGAAUGAAAGAAAGAGAUGCACUCUGGGUAAUGUAGUGCUAGACACUGACAGGCUGCUGUUAGAACAAGCUCAAAGUAGUCCAGAAAGCACCCAAAAAACAUCAAAAUGUUUGGAAAAUUAAAAGGGCUUUAAAUAAAAUUGGCACACCUAAGGAAAGGUAGAAAAAUAACACCUGCUGACAUAGGCUAUUGUACAGUGGGGAGAACAAGUAUUUUAUACGAUUUUGCAAGUUUUCCUUCUUACAAAGCAUGUAGAGGUCUGUA